AUGACAGAGUUGCAUGCGGCUGCGGAGGUUGGUGAUGUGUGGGUGCUAAAAAACCUUUCUAGAAGACGCGACAUCGAUGUCAACGCCUUGGAUGAUCAAGGACGCACAGCCCUUCACAUUGCCGCAGCACACGGCCGUAUGACAUUUAUUAAGAAGUUGCUUAGCUAUUUUCACUCAGUUGAUGCCUGUAUUCUUGAUAAGAAUGGCAAAACAGCAGUUCAAGUGGCCCCACCGGAUAUUCAGAGUCAAUUGGCACUUUUUUUAUCAUUGAAGGAAGCCAAGACAUUGGAAAGAAGUGGAAGGGACGAUGAAGAAAGGAAAGAGGAAGAAAAUGUAUACAGGGACAACGAUGUAGAGAGCGCUGAGAUGGUGAACCCGCGUGUUCUUCGGAAAGCGGUUAUAUGUCUUUUACUUCCAUUUGUUAUCCUUAUUUUUAUCAAUGGCUCUUUUUUUGCACUACAAUUUAUCACAGUGACUUUGACUUUCUAUUUUGUGAGUCUUGGCUACUUUGUGUCGGAGAUUGCCAUUCGCCCGCCGUGGUAUCACCAUCAUCCAAAAUCCACGAAGCUAACGAUGCAUAAUUGUCCGGAUUAUUGGAACGGAUACUGCCAUGAUCCAAAGAGAGAUUUUGGGCUUGAGUAUGAAGACGUCUCAUUUACCUCCACGGAUCGUUACACGCUACGCGGGUGGUAUGUUCCACCUCCUGCAGCGAACAGACGAAAGAUGGGCAUUGUACUUGUGCAUGGCGGUGGCAGAGAUCGACGUGCGUGGCUUCGUCACGUGCCGUUCUUGCACAAGGAAGGAUACGGAUGUCUGUUAUUUGACUUCCGUGAACAUGGUCUUAGUGAUGGAAAUAUGCGAGGGUUUACGUAUGGUAUGAAGGAACGAUUUGACGUGGUGGCGGCGUGCCAGUUCAUGCGACAUACAUAUAAAUAUGAGCGAAUAUGUGCCGUAGGGACGAGUGUUGGCGGGUCUUCUGUCAUUAUGGCAGCCGCCAUUGAUAAGACGAUUGAUGUCAUUAUUGCAGAAAAUGCGCUGCUUACAUGUGCGACGCUUCAGGAUCAGAAGAUUGUUGAGAUGAUUGGGGGUUAUUUUUCACGACGGACGUACAGCAAAUUUGUAUUAAAAUUAUUCCGCCGUACAUCGUCACUCUGGUUGAAUAUACGUAUAGGCAAUAAGCCUACCAAACACUGCCAAGCACUGCACUGUAUUGGGAAGAUUGCCCCACGGCCCAUCUUGUUGAUGCACGGUACUGCGGAUGAAUUGGUUCCGUACCGUCAUUCAUUGCAACUUUACGAAGCUGCACUGGAGCCAAAGGAGUUGUACAUCUCUGAGGAUGCCUUUCAUUGUGGUUUGUACAAUACACACAAGGAGGAGUACGAGGAACGGGUUCUGAAUUUUCUUCAGAGGCAUGGGGGAUGA